AUGGCUUCCCAUACCUACGAAUUUAAUGUCACUAUGACCUGUGGUGGCUGCUCCGGAGCUGUCGACCGGGCUCUCAAGAAGCUUGAUGGCGUCGAUGAGCACGAAGUCUCCCUCGACACACAGACCGCCAAGGUGGUGUCGAGCAACCUCACCCUCCAGCAGGUCUUUGACAAAAUCAACAAGACCGGAAAGAAGAUCAACUCGGUCACAGUGGACGGCGAAGCGACUGCGCUGCCGCAACCUACAGCCGCAUGA